GCAAACUUUCGCUCCUCUUCAAGUCAAGCCAGCAGCCAGCCAUGCCUUCAGUAUACUACACCCAGCUUGUCAUCCUAAGCAAUGUUUGGUGUUUGAUUCAUGCGGCUCCCCUGGCAUUUUCAGAGAUUGUGAUGACAUGUGGUGAAGAAGCACUGCUGCCCUGUCAAGCUCCUCAGGAUCCCCAAGUCACCUACAAGGCUGUGUCCUGGCAGAAAGUUGCUGAAAAUUGUGAGGAGCUGACAGAAAUGGUGCAGGACGAUUGCAUGCAUGAAGUGAAAUAUUAUGAUCUCGUGCAUCUUAAUGAAUCCUUGGAGAUCUCCAAUUAUUCCUUGAGGAUCAAAAACACUACCAGUCACAAUAGUGGAAUAUAUAAGUGUACUUUGUGGGAAUCGACUGGAAAGCACAAUGAAAGUGGCACAGUCUCAUUAAAAAUAACAGAUUGCCCAGAAGAUGAAAAAUUUAAGAAAUACAAAACAGAACUUUUAUUGCUGACCUGCCUUGGGAUUUUUUACUUACUGCUCAUAUUUUUUACCUGCAAAUGCCUAAGAAAAGAAAGCAUGUUUUCAGAUUAUCAGAAAGGAAGAAGAGUAAAGAAACAUACACUUACCCUUGUCAGUGCACAAGAAAUGAUGACUUUCCAGCAUUUAGACAGCAGCAACACUGGCAAAAAUGGACUUAAUUGGAGUUCUGUCUAAGUUGAUGUUGUUAAGACACCGUGGGUUCAUCAAUAAACAUGACAUGAAGAUGGAUGGUUGGGCAAUGUGGAGAGAGAACAAAAGCUAACACAUUGCCUCUUCAGGAAAGCCUUGUCUGGGUGAUCUGUCAGCUAUCUGCUUGCGCUGGACAAGUCUUCGAAGAGCAUUUUCAUACACUACAAUAAUUCUUGAAUUUAACAUGACUAACAAAUACCACUGCAGCUAUACAACUAUCUUGAAAGGCAAGUAUGUUAGCACAUACUCUUUCUUCAAUCCAUCAAAAGCUGUCUUGGUUGGAGUGAGGUGGCUAUUCUUACCACAUGAAGACUAUACUAUAGCAAGAAUGUGGCAGCUUAUAUUUGAGGGAUAGAGUUAUUUACUGAACUAAUACCUCUGCUCUUUCAAAAUAACACACAACAGUUGCUGCUCUAUUUUCAGAGAAUGAAACAGGUGGGACUUUUUCUACUCUGGACACCCAGUUACGAUUCUUGAUGGAAAUAACUCUGCAUAACAUCGUCCUACCCUUUCACCAGAUCAGACCAGGUGUUUCUUAAAUCUCCAAGGGACCCCUGAAAAAAUGUCAGAAAACAACCUGAAAAUAUUUGCUUAGUGUGCAGACUCUCCUAUGCUAAAAAUGAGACUAUGCUAAAAAUGGAACUAAAAAGUACCUUUAAUUCAGAAACUGUUCAUAUAAAACACUGAUAUAUAGUAGUUGUUCUUUUUUCUCCCCCCAAAAAACCCAGUCAGUGAAGCAUCAUGUGAAAGUCAAAGAAACUUAAAAAUGGAUGGUUUCAUAAAAUGAAUGAAAUCAAAAUUGAUCCUUGGUUUAAAUCAAUGGAAUGAUGCCAAUUGUGCAUAGAGCCUAUGGCAUGCAAAAGCAGCCGUCUGGUUCCUUGGAAUAUACUGAGUUGGCAAUGAGAUCUUAUAUGAGCUGGAACAAUUGGGCUUCAUGAUAUUCAUGAUACAUGCUGUGUAUGAGAAAUAAGGAUACUAGAAAAGCUAACUGUAGGUACCUGUUCCAAGAGAAGGAACACUUGUCAUGUUUAACUACAGACAACAAGAGACAUUGCAAGCCUCAGCUGAAACAAUCUGAGAUGGCAGACCCUUCCUCAUUAGAUGCCUACAUACAAGUUAAAGGAGGAAGGUUUUAGAAGUACUGGAGCUGUUUGUGCAUAAGGAAAAGGUCUGUGGAAUGAGUGACACAUCACGGAAGAUGUGCAAUCACAACUGAAAUAAUUAAAAACAUUUUGUAAGAAGCCAAAUGGACUCAUUGAAGAGAUAAAUUGAUGCAGCAUGCUUUUUUUUGUUUGGGAUUUUUUCCCAGGGGGUUGGUUUUGUUUUAUCUUGUAAUUCUAGACUGUUUAAAGACAGAGAUGUUUUAUCUGUAUAUGAAGGGUUACUGGGAGGAAAACAUAGUAGGCACUCAUCAGUGCCCCCUUUCAGCUGAUUAAAGAUUUGAGCUGAGUUAAUUGGAAGAGAUUCCUUUUCAGUUGGUGGUUGGAAGGACGGUCAGGUUGAAUAUAGUAUUUAUUUGGUACAUUUGGUUUUUUAUAAUUGUUUUUUACCCACAAAAGCUUGUACCGUAUGUCAAAUAAAAAAAUCAGAGUUAAUUA